AUGUGUAGAGUAAAAUAUUGUGUUACAGCACCUUCGUUCUGCGACCUCCAUAGUGCCACUAGGACCCGAGACCUGUCAAGAGUGAAACUCAUCUUGUGCCAAGGACGGGCGGACAUUAACUGUAGAGAAUGGGUUGGAAGGACACUGGUGAUGUUGGCAGCUGGUAAGGGACAUAGAGAAUUGGUUGAGUUACUCGUGAGAAAAGGAGCUAACGUGUCACUCGUCGAUAGAUUCGACAACAACAUCCUUCACUAUGCCUGUCUGGGAGGACAUGUGGAGGUUGUAAAGUAUGUCCUCUCACAGGACAUGGUGUCCAUCAACAGUAGAGGAUGGAAGAAGAUGACACCAGCGAUGACGGCAGCAGAGAGGGGACAUAAAGAAGUGGUAGAGUUACUUGUGAAUGAAGGAGCUAAUGUGACACUCGUUAAUAAAAAGGGUGACAACCUCCUUCACAGUGCCAGUCGGGGAGGAAAUGUGGAGGUGGUGAAGUUUGUCCUCUCACUGGAUAUGGUGUCCAUCAACAGUAGAGGAUGGAAGAACAUGACACCAGCGAUGACGGCAGCAGUGAAGGGACAUAAAGAAGUGGUAGAGUUACUUGUAAGUAAAGGGGCUGAUGUGUCACUCUUGGAUAAAGGAAAUAACAACCUCCUUCACUUGGCCUGUCGGGGAGGAAAUGUGGAGGUGGUGAAGUUUGUCCUCUCACAGGGCACGCUGUCCAUCAACAGUAGAGGAUGGGAGAAGAUGACACCAGUGAUAACGGCAGCAGAUAAGGGACAUAAAGAAGUGGUAGAGUUACUUGUGAAUGAAGGAGCUGAUGUGACACUCGUUAAUAAAAAGGGUGACAACCUCCUUCACAGUGCCAGUCGGGGAGGACAUGUGGAGGUGGUGAAGUUUGUCCUCUCACAGGGCACGCUGUCCAUCAACAGUAGAGGAUGGAAGAGGAUGACACCAGCGAUGACGGCAGCAGAUAAGGGACAUAAAGAAGUGGUAGAGUUACUUGUAAGAAAAGGGGCUGAUGUGUCACUCUUGGAUAUAGGACAUGACACCCUCCUCCACUUGGCCUGUCGGGGAGGACAUGUGGAGGUGGUGAAGUUUGUCCUCUCACAGGGCAUGGUGUCCAUCAACAGUAGAGGAUGGGAGAAGAUGACACCAGUGAUAACGGCAGCAGAGAAGGGACAUAAAGAAGUGGUAGAGUUACUUGUGAAAGAAGGAGCUGAUGUGACACUCGUUAAUAAAAAGGGUGACAACCUCCUUCACAGUGCCAGUCGGGGAGGACAUGUGGAGGUGGUGAAGUUUGUCCUCUCACAGGGCACGCUGUCCAUCAACAGUAGAGGAUGGAAGAGGAUGACACCAGCGAUGACGGCAGCAGAUAAGGGACAUAAAGAAGUGGUAGAGUUACUUGUAAGAAAAGGGGCUGAUGUGUCACUCUUGGAUAUAGGACAUGACACCCUCCUCCACUUGGCCUGUCGGGGAGGACAUGUGGAGGUGGUGAAGUUUGUCCUCUCACAGGGCAUGGUGUCCAUCAACAGUAGAGGAUGGAAGAAGAUGACACCAGUGAUAACGGCAGCAGAGAAGGGACAUACAGAAGUUGUAGAGUUACUUGUGAAAGAAGGAGCUGAUGUGACACUCGUUAAUAAAAAGGGUGACAACCUCCUUCACAGUGCCAGUCGGGGAGGACAUGUGGAGGUGGUGAAGUUUGUCCUCUCACAGGGCACGCUGUCGAUCAACAGUAGAGGAUGGAAGAAGAUGACACCAGCGAUGACGGCAGCAGAUAAGGGACAUAAAGAAGUGGUAGAGUUACUUGUAAGAAAAGGGGCUGAUGUGUCACUCUUGGAUAUAGGACAUGACACCCUCCUCCACUUGGCCUGUCGGGGAGGACAUGUGGAGGUGGUGAAGUUUGUCCUCUCACUGGAUAGGGUGUCAAUCAACAGUAGAGGAUGGGAGAAGAUGACACCAGCGAUGACGGCAGCAGUGAAGGGACAGAAAGAAGUGGUAGAGUUACUUGUAAGUAAAGGGGCUGAUGUGACACUCUUGGAUAAAGGAAAUAACACCCUCCUUCACUUGGCCUGUCGGGGAGGAAAUGUGGAGGUGGUGAAGUUUGUCCUCUCACAGGGCAUGGUGUCCAUCAACAAUAGAUGUUGGAAUCAGAUGACAGCAGUGAUGACGGCAGCAGUGAAGGGACAUAAAGAAGUAGUAGAGUUACUUGUAAGUAAAGGGGCUGAUGUGUCACUCUUGACUAUAGGAAAAAACACCCUCCUUCACUUGGCCUGUAAGGGAGGAAAUGUGGAGGUGGUGAAGUUUGUACUCUCACUGGGCACGCUGUCCAUCAACAGUAGAGGAUGGAAGAGGAUGACACCAGCGAUGACGGCAGCAGAUAAGGGACAUAAAGAAGUGGUAGAGUUACUUGUAAGUAAAGGGGCUGAUGUGACACUCUUGGAUAAAGGACAUGACACCCUCCUCCACUUCGCCUGUCGGGGAGGAAAUGUGGAGGUGGUGAAGUUUGUCCUCUCACUGGAUAUUGUGGACAUCAACGCCAGAAACAGCAAAAGUCAAACAGCAGCCAAUAUAGCGACGUCUCGAGGGCUAAGAGACAUUAUUCAUCUUCUUGUGUCACAUGGUGGUCAAAUGUAUUAG